AUGCUGCCUUACAGUUUCUCCGUUCUGGGAUUCUGGGGUGUUUGGCUUCCACCAGACUGGUCAUCAGGAUGGAAGUCGAGGCUUUAUUAUUUUUACACCGCUGGCAUGAUCAUUCUCGUUUACACGAAUACACUUUCCCAAGUGAUUGACCUCUUGGUGACGUACAAGAGUCUCAAACAUUUUAUUAAUAACGCUUUUAUACUGCUGUCUACCAUUGGCGCGGGGGUCAAAGCUGCCCACUGCCUCUACAUCCGGAGGAGAAUCCUCGGAAUCGAGGAAAAGUUGAAUACUUAUCCGUGCAAACCGCAGGAUGAGGAGGAGAAAGCUAUCUUACAGCACUUUUCUCGGAUAAUUAAAAUCCUUAAUAUCUACUACAUCGGUCUCUAUGUGUGUACGAUAACGGCACUGACAACCGUCAGUUUCUUUCGCGACGUGCCAAGGCACCAGUUGUAUUAUCACGCCUGGCUGCCCUUCAAUUACUCUUCGCCGGGCAGAUUUUGGGCGGCUUACAUGCACCAAGUCAUUGCCCACGGAUUUGACGCAUGCAUGCACGCGGCUUAUGAUACCAUCGCCCCUGGAAUAAUGAUACAGGCGUGCGCCCAGUUUGCCAUCCUCGAUCAUCGGUUUCAAUUGCUACCGAAAUUGGUUGAUCGAGUGAGGGACAAAUCGGCUCUCGAUUUCCCGCAGGACGAGGCUAGCCAGAGGAGGCGGGUCAUGAGGUUCGAAGCGAAAAAGUUGGCCGAGUGUGUCCAACAUCAUCUAAAAAUAUUUCAAUUGACGAAAGAAAACAAUAAAAUAUUUGGGAUCAUGAUAUUUCUCCAGUAUUCCUUGAGCUCAGUGGUGAUAUGUCUGAGUGUCUUGAGACUAUCCCAGGUCAACGCUUUUCAGCCAGCCCUCAUCUCUGUCAUCCUCUACCUCAUCUGCAUGGUAUCCCAGGUGUUCAUGCCCUGCUACUCCGGCCACCAAAUCACUCUUCAGAGCUCCAAAGUUAGCGACGCUAUCUUUAGCAUGGACUGGCCGGAUCUAGGGGUGGCCACCAAGAGAAGUCUGAUAUUGAUAAUGCAGAGGAGCCAGAAGCCCCUGCAGUUCACCACUGGGUACAUCAUCACGCUGUCUAUUGAAUCCUUCAACAGCCUGAUGAAACUGUCGUACUCGGUUUUCAACGUUUUGCAUAGGUCACCGUCGUUUUAAUAAUCUGCAACAUUUUCGAUGGGUGAAUUGAUCAUCAAU